AAAGAUUACAGUAUGUGGGUGUGAGGAAUACACAAGAUCAUUGAAUUUUGAAAGAUUAAAAAAGAAAAGAAAACAAAUUGAGGCAAUAAUUUGAUCAACAAUCUUUGAAGCAAAGAUGGCAGCAAUAGCAAACAUUGCUGCUGCUUCAACUUCCUAUUUUGGAAAGUCUGUAAAAUAUGCUCAACCUCCAUUUUCUCUCUCCUCUACCUCUCCUAGAAAUCUCACAAUCCUUGCUAUGGCAUCACAGAAGAAGGUGAACAAGUAUGAUCCAAAAUGGAAAAAACAAUGGUUUGGAGCAGGACUAUUUUUCGAAGGCAGUGAAGAGGUACAAGUAGAUGUAUUCAAGAAGAUAGAGAAUCGAAAAGUUCUUAGCAAUGUUGAGAAAGCUGGAUUACUAUCAAAGGCAGAGGAUCUUGGAUUUACACUAUCUUCCAUUGAGAAACUAGGGGUGCUAUCAAAGGCAGAGGAUUUGGGGUUAUUGAGUUUAUUGGAGAAUUUCGCUAGUUUGUCUCCUGCGGCCUUAGCAUCCGCGUCAUUGCCCUUGCUAGUAGCCGCGAUUGCAGCUGUUGUUCUUAUCCCGGAUGACUCUACUGCCCUUGUGGCGACUCAAGCCGUGGUUGCUGGCACUCUUUUUGCUGGGGCUGCAGGGUUGUUUAUUGGGUCUGUGGUUUUGGAUGGGUUACAAGAAGCUGAUUGAGUUGUUAUUGUGUUUGUAUCAUUGUAUGUAUAUGAUGAAUAUGUUGUUAGUGCAUGGUUGGAGUUAUAGAUUAGAGGGAGAAGUGUGACAAUUUGGUUAAAAAAAAACAAGAACAUGUUUGUUUGAGAAUUUUUGUGCAUUUGUAAGCAAGAAUUAGGACUCUUGACUACUAUGGAUUGAAUUUAUAUGUAUGAAUUUUGGACAACAUAUAUAGAGGAUAUUUGAAGGUUUAUGGUA